CAGCGUUUGGGAAAUUUUAAACUUAAAGGCGGGGCGACCCGUGCUCUCCGAAACCCAGAAGGUAGAGCGUCUGGGCCAGUUCUCGGGGGUCUAACCGAGCAGGAUGGCGGAGGAAGGGGCUGUGGCGGUCUGCGUGCGGGUCCGGCCGCUCAACAACAGAGAAGAAGCUCUUGGAGGAGAUAACCAAGUUUACUGGAAAACUGACAAUAAUGCUAUUUAUCAAGUUGAUGGCAGUAAAUCCUUCAAUUUUGAUCGUGUCUUUCACAGUAAUGAAACUACUAAAAAUGUGUAUGAAGAAAUAGCAGUACCAAUCAUAGAUUCUGCCAUACAAGGCUACAAUGGUACCAUAUUUGCCUAUGGUCAGACUGCUUCAGGAAAAACAUAUACCAUGAUGGGUUCAGAAGAUUAUUUGGGAGUAAUACCCAGAGCAAUUCAUGACAUUUUCCAAAAAAUUAAAAAGUUUCCUGACAGGGAGUUUCUCUUACGUGUAUCUUACAUGGAGAUAUACAACGAAACCAUUACAGACUUACUCUGUGACACUCAGAAAAUGAAGCCUUUAAUAAUUCGGGAAGACUUCAAUAGGAAUGUGUAUGUGGCUGAUCUCACAGAAGAAGUUGUUUACACAUCAGAAAUGGCUUUGAAGUGGAUCACAAAAGGAGAAAAGAACAGACAUUAUGGAAUUACAAAAAUGAAUCAAAGAAGCAGUCGCUCCCAUACCAUUUUUAGGAUGAUUUUGGAAAGUAGAGAGAAAGGGGAACCUUCCAAUUGUGAUGGAUCCGUCAAAGUGUCCCAUUUGAAUUUGGUUGACCUUGCAGGCAGUGAAAGAGCUGCUCAAACAGGCGCUGAAGGUGUGCGACUCAAGGAAGGCUGUAAUAUAAAUAGAAGUUUAUUUAUUUUGGGACAAGUGAUCAAGAAACUUAGUGAUGGACAAGUUGGCGGUUUCAUAAAUUAUCGAGAUAGUAAAUUAACACGAAUUCUCCAGAAUUCCUUGGGAGGAAAUGCAAAGACACGUAUUAUCUGCACAAUUACUCCAGUGUCUUUUGAUGAAACCCUUUCUACUCUACAGUUUGCCAGCACUGCCAAAUAUAUGAAGAAUACUCCUUACGUUAAUGAGGUAUCAAGUGAUGAAGCUCUCCUGAAAAGAUAUAGAAAAGAAAUAAUGGAUCUUAAGAAACAGUUAGAGGAGGUUUCUUUAGAGACUCGGGCCCAGGCCAUGGAAAAAGACCAGUUGGCCCAACUUCUGGAAGAAAAAGAUUUGCUUCAAAAAGUACAGAUUGAGAAAAUUCAGAACUUAACACGGAUGCUGGUAACCUCUUCUUCCCUCACAUCACAACAGGAGUUAAAGGCUAAAAGAAAACGAAGAGUCACUUGGUGCCUUGGUAAAAUUAACAAAAUGAAAGACUCAAAUUAUAUAAAUGAAUUUAACAUGUCAACAAAUGUAACAAAAACACGUAAGGCGGCUGUAAACGUAGUGGGGGAAAUUGAUGAAUCUUUCUGCUCAGAGUCUGAUAUUUUCAGUAAUACUUUUGAUACAUUAAAUGAGACAGAGUGGAAUCCGGCAACAAAGCUACUAAGUCAGGAAAACUUAGAAAGUGAGCUGAAUUCACUUCGUGCCAACUAUGAUAAUCUGGUAUUGGACUAUGAACAACUAAGACGAGAAAAUGAAGAAAUGGAAUUAAAAUUAAAAGAAAAGAAUGAUUUGAAUGAAUUUGAGGCCCUUGAAAGAAAAGCAGAGAAAGAUCAGGAGAUGCAACUAAUUCAUGAAAUUUCCAACUUAAAGAAUUUAGUUAAGCAUGCAGAAGUGUAUAAUCAAGAUCUUGAGAAUGAACUAAGCUCAAAAGUAGAGCUGCUUAGAGAAAAGGAAGACCAGAUUAAGAAGCUACAGAAAUACAUAGACUCUCAGAAGUCAGAAGAUAUGAAAAUGGACUUGUCGUACUCAUCAGAAAUCACUGAAGACCUAAGACAAAUGAAACAGACUUUGCUUGAUGCUGAAACUGUAGCCCUUGAUGCCAAGAAAGAAUCAGCCUUUCUUAGAAGUGAAAAUCUGGAGUUGAAAGAGAAAAUGAAAGAACUUACAAGUACAUACAAGCAAAUGGAAAAUGAUAUUCAGUUAUACCAAAGUCAACUGGAAGCAAAAAAGAAAAUGCAAGUUGACCUGGAGAAAGAACUACAAUCAUCUUUUAAUGAAAUAACAAAACUCACCUCCCUUGUAGAUGGCAAAGUUCCAAAAGAUUUGCUCUGUAAUAUGGAACUGGAAAGAAAGAUUACUGACCUCCAGAAAGAACUUAAUAAAGAAGUCGAAGAAAACGAAGCUUUGCAUAAGGAAGUUAAUUUGCUCUCAGCAUUGAAAUCUUUACCCUCAGAAGUAGAAAUGCUGAGGAAAGAGAUGCAUGAUAAAUCUGAAGAACUUUGUAUAAUAACAUCAGAAAGAGACAAAUUGUUUUCAGAAGUAGUUCAAAAGGAAAGUAGAAUUCAAGACUUACUUGAAGAAAUUGGGAAAACUAAAAAUGACCUAGCAACUACCCAGUUGAAUUACGAAAACACUGAUCAAGAAUUCCAAGAUUUUAAAAAUCAUCAUAUUGAAUUUGAGCAAAAGUAUAAGAUGGUCCUUGAGGAGAAUGCAAGAAUGAAUCAGGAAAUAGGAAAUCUCUCCAAACAAGCUCAAAAACUCGGUUUAAGUUUGGAUGCUUUGAACACAGAGCUUGCUCCCAAAUCUGAAGAACUUCAGCCAAAAACAACUGAGAGUCAAAAAAGUUCAAAUGAAGUGGAAGAGCUGAAGGAACAAUUAGAAAAUAGAGAUUUGAGGCUGCAAACUAUGGAAAAGGAAAAAACAAUGAUCGCUGAGCAACUUCAACAAACUUUAGCAGAAGUAAGAACCUUAACCCAAGAAAAAGAGGACCUAAAACAACUCCAGGAGAGCCUGCACAUUGAGAGGGACCAACUCAAAAGUGACAUUCAGGAUACUGUAAACAUGAAUAUAGAUACCCAAGAACAAUUAAGAAAUGCUCUUGAGUCUUUGAAACAACACCAAGAAACAAUUAACACACUAAAAAUGAAAGUUUCUGAGGAAACUUCCGGGAGUUUGCAUACAGAGGAGAACCUAGGAGAAAGAGAAACUAAGGAUGAAUUCCAGGAAAAGAUGGUUGAUACAAAUAAAAAACAGAAUUUGAAAGCUAAAAAUACUCAAGCACUGAUUGUGAAUGUUGAAGAUAAUGAGCUAACUGAGCAACAGAGAAAGAUGUUUUCUUUAAUACAGGAGAAAAAUGAACUGCAACAAAUGUUAGAGAGUAUUACAGCAGAAAAGGAACAAUUACAGACUGACCUAAGGGAAAAUAUUGAAAUGACUAUUGAAAACCAAGAAGAAUUAAGAAUUCUUAGAGAUGAACUUAAAAAGCAGCAAGAGAUCAUCGUACAAGAAAAGAACCACACCAUAAAGAAAGAGGAAGAGAUUUCUAGGACCUGUGAGAAAUUAGUAGAAGUUGAAGAAAAGCUAAAGGAAAAGAGCCAACAACUACAAGAAAAACAGUUACAACUUCUUAGUGUACAAGAAGAAAUGAAUGAGAUGCAGGAAAAGAUGAAUGAAAUGGAGAAUUUGAAGAAUGAAUUAAGAAACCAAGAAUUAACAUUGGGACGUAUAGAAAUGGAGAGGCUGGAGUUGGCUCAAAAGCUCCAUGAAAAUUAUGAGGAAAUGAAAUCCAUAACCAAAGAAAGAAAUGAUCUAAAGGAAUUACAAGAAUCAUUUGAAAUAGAGAGAGAGAAACUUAAAGGAUACAUAAAAGAAAUCGAAGAUACAGGUCUAGAAACAAAAGAAGAACUAAAAAUUGCCCACGUGCAUCUUAAAGAACAACAAGAAACUAUUGACGAGCUAAGAAAAAACAUUUCUGAGAAGGCAGCUCAAAUAAUAAAUAUUCAGAAGCGUUUAGAAAAAUCCAAUACUGAAUUACAAGAAAAGAUCCCAGUGCUUCCUGAGGAACAGGAGCUACCGCGUAAUGUGAAAGAAGUCAGUAGUACUCAGGGAACAAUGGAUGAAGUGGAGCUGUUGGAAAAGCAGUCCAAAGCCAAGGAGUCAGUGACACCGGCAGGCACAGAAAUAGAAAGGAUCGAGUUGACUGAAAAACUUCCAGAAAGUCAUGAAGAAACAAAAUCUCUGACUGAGGAAAGAGACAACCUUCAAACGAUAAAAGAAGCGGUUCAGGUUGGACAAGAUCAGCGGCAAGAAGACAUUAGAGAAACGUUGGCUAAAGAUUCGCUUAAGAUCCAGGAUCCUCAAGACAAACAAGAUCAGUCCUUCAAUGUGAAAGAAAAGUAUGAGGAGGCUGAGGAAAUUCUGAGUGAGCUGGAGCUACCGCAAGAGCAGCUCGAAGCUAGAGAGGCGGUACUGCCACGAGCCGGCGUGGAAAGGCUCGAGAUGGCGGAGGGGCUGCGAGAAGGUCUUCAGUCUGAAACUCACCAACUCAAAGAAAACAUGCGAGAAAUGACAGCUAUGUACCUGGCAACUGAAGAGGAACUGAAAGUUGCUCGUUGUCACCUGAAAGAACAGGAGGAAACUAUUGAUAAGCUGAGAAUGAAUCUUUCCCAGAGGGAAACUGAACUCUCCAGCCUUCGAAAGGAAUUACAAACAACUAAUAAUGAAUUACAGAAAAAGAUCCAAGAGCUUCAUGAGAAACAGGAACAAUUUAUUAGCACCAAAGAAAUCACUGAGAUGCAGGAAAAAAUGAGUGAACUGGAGCAAUUAAAGGAGCAACUCAAAGUCAAAGAUUCAUCAUUGCAAAGUAUAGAAAGUGAGAGGCUCAAGUUGACUGAGAAACUUCAGGAAAGUCAAGAUAAAAUAAAAAUUAUAAUUAAGGAAAGAGAUGAACUGAAAAGGGUGCAGGAGAUUCUUCAGAUGGAGAGAGACCAACUCAAAGAAAACAUUAAAGAAGCUGUAGCUGAAGAGUACCAACAAACCGUUAGUAUGAGGAAUAUUUCAAAGAAGACAGAACAAAAAGCAAAUAUUGAAAGAGAUGCAGAAAAUUCAGAUGCUGAAUCACAGGAAAAGAUUCCAGAACUUCAGGAAAAAGAACAUCAGCCUCUUAUGAUGAAAGCUGUCAGUGAGACUCAGGAAAAAAUAUGUGACGUGGAAUACUUCAAGAACAAGUUUGAGACCCAAAAGUCAAUUCUGGAAAAUACAGAAAUGGAGAAUGUAAGGUUAACUCAGAGACUUCAUGAAAACCUUGAAGAAAUGAGAUCUGUUAUCAAAGAAAGAGAUGAUCUUAGGAAUAUAGAGGAGACUCUCAAAGUAGAGAGAGACCAGCUCGAGGAAAACCUGAGAGAAACUGUAAUUAGAGAGCUGGAAAAACAAGAGGAACUAAGAAUUGCUUAUAUGCAUGUGAAAGAACACCAGGAAACUAUUGAUAAACUCAAGGGCCUUGUUUCUGAGAAGACAGAUGAAAUAUCACAUAUACAAGAGGAUUUAGAAAACUCAAAUGCUGCCUUAAAAGCACAGAUCCAAGAGCUUCAGGAGAAGGAACAUCAACUUCUGAAGGUAAAAAAUUAUCUCAGAGAAAAUAUGGAUCAAACAGAGCAAUUGAAGAAGCAAUUAGAGACCCAGAAUUCAACCCUGGAAAGUGUAGAAACCGAGAAGUUAAGGUUAAGUCUGAAACUUCACAAAAACCUUGAAGAAAUAAAAUGUGUCACUGAGGAAAGAGAUGGCCUCAGAAGUGUGGAGGAAACCCUUAGGAUGGAGAGAGACCAGCUCAGGGAAAGCCUCAGAGAAAAAGAAACUAAAGACCUGGAAAAACAAGAGGAACUAAGAAUUGCUUACAUGCAUGUGAAACAGCACCAGGAAACUAUUGAUAAGCUCAGAAACCUUGUUUCUGAGAAGACAGAUGAAAUAUCAAAUAUACAGUUGGAUUUAGAAAAUUCACAUGCCAAAUUACAAGAAAAGAUUCAACAACUUAAGGCAAAUGAACAGCAACUUUUUAAGUUAAAGGAAGAUGUCAGUGAAUCACAGAAGAAAAUGUCUGAAAUGGAGCGAUUGAAGAAACAACUUAAGACCCAAAGUUUAACUCUGGAUAAAAUAGAAAUGGAGAACUUAAAUUUGGCUCAGAAGCUUCACGAAAACCUUGAAGAAAUGAAAUCUGUAAUGAAAGAAAGAGAUAAUCUGAAAUUGGAGAGAGACCAGCUCCAGGCAAACCUACAGGAAACGAUAAGUAGAGAUUUGGAGACACAACAAAAACUAAAAAUUGCUCAUAUGCAUUUGAAAGAACACCAAGAAACUAUUGAUAAAUUCAGAGAGAGAGUUUCAGAAAAGACAACUCAGAUUUCAAAUAUUCAAAAGGAUUUAAAUAAAUCUAAAGAUGAGUUACAGAAGAAGGUAUGUGUUGUUUGUUCUAAGAAACUUCAUAAAAGCCUUGAAGAAAUAAGAAUUUUAGCUAAGGAAAGAGAUGAGCUAAGGAAGAUAAAAGAGUCUCUCAAAAUGGAAAGAGACCAAUUCAGAGAAAUCUUAAGAGGAAUGAUAGCUAGAGACCAACAGAACCAUAAAGAGGUAGUAAAAUAUGAAAAACAGUUACAAUGUAAUGAAAAACACUACCUCACAGAAAGCCUGAGAGAAAAGUGCUCUAGGAUAAAAGAGCUUCUAAAGAGAUACUCAGAGAUGUAUAAUCAUUAUGAGUGCUUAAAUAGACUAUCCCUUGACUUGGAGAAAGAAGUUGAAACCCAAAAAGAGCUUUCAGCUAGAGUAAAAGCAAACCUCUCACUUCCAUAUCCACAAAUCAAACAAAUUCAAAAACUUCUCACCGCAAACCAAAGAUGUUCAAUGGAAUUCCACAGAGUCAUGAAGAAACUUCAGUAUGUGUUAAGCCAUGUUACAAAGAUAAAGGAAGAACAACAUGAAUCCAUCAAUAAUUUUGAAGUGGUUUUUAUUGAUGAAGUGGAAAAGCAAAAUGAAUGGCUAAUUAAAAUACAGCACCUUCAACAAGAUUAUGAUGUACCAACCAGAGAAUUAACAGACCUCAAGUUGAGCCAGAAUAUGGAUCUACAUAUUGAGGAAAUUCUCAAAGAUCUUUCAGAAAAUGACUUCCACUGCAUAAAGACUGAAUUUCAGCAAGUGCUGAGUAAUAGGAAAGAAAUGACCCAGUUUUUGGAAGAAUGGUUAAAUACUCAUUUUGAUAUAGAAAAGCUUAAAAAUGGCAUCCAGAAAGAAAAUGAGAAGAUUUGUCAAGUGAAUAACUUCUAUAAUAAUAAAAUAAUUGCUAUAAUGAAUGAAUCUACAGAGUUUGAGGAAAGAAAUGCUGCUAUAGUCAGAGAAUGGGAACAUGACCUGAAAUCAGUGAAAGAGAAAAAUGAACAACUAUUCAAAAACUACCAAACUUUGAAGAUGUCCCUGCCGUCUGGUAUCCUUGUUCAUUCUGCUACAGAGGACAAUAAGAAUCUUCAUGUUACAGCAAGAGCCACACAUGCAGAGAAAAUUCAGGAGCUGGAAACUUCACUGCGUGAAGCUAAGGAAAGUGCUAAGUACAAGGAAAGCAAGAUUAUAAAGAUGCAGGAAGAACUUGAGAUGACUAAUGACAUAAUAGCGAAACUUCAAGCACAAGUUAAUGAAUCAAAUAAAUGCCUUGAAAAAACAAAAGAAAUGAUCCAAGUACUUCAGGACAAAGUUGCUUUAGGAGCUAAGCCCUAUAAAGAAGAAAUUGAAGAUCUCAAAACGAAGCUGGUGAAAAUAGACCUAGAGAAGAUGAAAAACGCUAAAGAGUUUGAAAAAGAAAUUACUUCUACAAAAGCCACUGUAGAAUAUCAAAAAGAAGUUAUAAGGGUAUUGAGAGAAAAUCUGAGAAGAAAUCAACAAGCCCAAGAUACCUCAAUUGUGUCAGAAUGUACGGACUCUCAGCCUUCAAAUAAACCCUUAACUUGUGGAGGUGGUAGUGGCAUUGUACAGAGCACAAAAGCUCUUAUUUUAAAAAGCGAAUAUGUACGGCUAGAAAAAGAAGUCUCAAAGUUAAAGCAGCAAAACGAACAGCUAAUAAAGCAAAAGAAUGAACUAUUAAGCAAUAAUCAUCAUCUUUCCAAUGAGGUCAAAACAUGGAAGGCAAGAAUCCUUAAGAGAGAGACUCAAAGAGAAGUUAGUUGUGAGAAUUCUCCACAGUCUCCUAAAGUGACUAGAACACCUACCAAAAAGAGGCCACAUACACCUUCUCAAUGCAAGGAACGGAAUUUACAAGAUCCUGUGCCAAGGGAAUCACCAAAGUCGUGGUUUUUUGACAGCCGAUCGAAGUCUUUACCAACGCCUCAUCCAGUUCGUUAUUUUGAUAACUCUGGUUUAGGCCUUUGCCCAGAAGAACAAACUGCUGGAGCAGAGAGUGUGGGUCCUCAGCCAGCUCCAUGGCACACCUCCUCAGGAAAAGAUGCACCCGAGUGCAAGACACAGUAGACUCCUUUCCUAUUGCUUUUCUGGGGCCCCAGCAUUCCCUGCUUGGACAUGACUGUUUAUUCCUUCAUGUGCCUGUCCCUGGCAAUGUUAUCACAGCCCAGCUUAAUCUCAAUUCAGUUUUCUUUUUGCCACUUGAAAUCGAAGAUGAAGGAACAGAGAUUAAUGCCUUCCAGUAAUUUAGAAUGGUGGUAACAAUAUCUUCUUGAAUGUGGUAAUACUUUAGAAGUUGAAUUGUUGUAUUUAUUUAUAUAUUUUGUAAAGAAUAAAAUUAUUGAAGGAAUGUUCCAGUCUUUCCAUGUAUACAUAAAAUGUAUUCAUUUUUAUUAAUGUAAUGUUAUCCACAUAUGACUUAGAUAAUUCCAAGGCAUGAUGCAUACAUUAAAGUGUCAUUUAAUGACAGAAUUAUAAGCUCCUUUUUAAGUACCUUGAACAUUCAAUAAAUGUUUAAUUAGUGGUUCUGAAUCACAAC